CAAAUGCUCAGAUCAUGAUACAGAAUGUUAACUAUUAUAGAAUGAAAGAAAACGAAACAAAGACUGGAAUCGAACUGAUCGUACAGUACAAGAAAACAAUAUUGCAUCUGUCCCGUCGGCGUCCGAAGCCCGAAAAGUUCGAUCAACCCUAGACCCAACCGGCGCUAAACCCAAAACAUCAGCUAAGCGACGCACAACCCGCCCACCUGCAAUUUCGCUCCACCAGGCCUCGUUGAAUUUCGAUCUUCUCGACGACCGAUCGCACGACGACAACGACGACAGUUCUCCCCUCGGACACUUCACAGCACAGUCAAGAUGCGGUACAUCCACUCCGAGGAAACGUUGCCAAUCCCCGAGAAUGUGAAAAUUCACAUUCGUUCGCGGGUUGUCACCGUUGAGGGACCUCGAGGCAAGCUCACGAAGGACCUGUCUCACAUCGCUGUCACCUUCGGCCGCCCCGAGAAGAACGUCAUCUCGAUUGAGCUGCACCACGGUGCCCGCAAGGGAGUCGCUACUCUCCGAACUGUCCGCACUAUCAUCAACAACCUGAUCAUCGGUGUUACCCGCGGCUUCAAGUACAAGAUGCGCUACGUCUACGCACAUUUCCCCAUCAACGUCAACAUCGAGAAGAACAGCGAGACCGACUUGUACGAGGUUGAGAUCAGAAACUUCCUCGGAGAGAAGAUCGUCCGCCGUGUCACUUGCCAGCCCGGUGUCGAGGUCAUCACCUCGCCCAACGUCAAGGAUGAGCUCCAGCUGUCCGGCAACUCCCUCGAGGGUGUCUCCCAGAGCGCCGCCGACAUCCAGCAGAUCUGCAGAGUCCGCAACAAGGAUAUCCGAAAGUUCCUUGACGGUCUGUACGUGUCGGAGCGGGGCAACAUCAUUGAGGAGUAAAGAGUGACUGUAUUUUCUGCUUGGGGUGUCUAGUUAGGAUGUCCGGAGAAAUUUCGCAUGCCUAUGAUGCUAGCAGGGCGAAAUAAAAUGACCAUGGAAUGCAAAUCCUUGUGCGUGUCCACGGCAAUAGCUUGUAUCAGCUGGAAAACGUGACAUGUAGAAAAGUUCAGCUUUCAUGAGACGACCAAAUUUCAAUUUUUUUACACGGAGUCUUGUUCGCUCAUCUGAAUUGCUUGACGUCGCAUGUACAAAGAGCUCCAGACAGAGCCUCGCCUUACCUAGUUACCAAGUUGGUGCUCAUUUGAGGCAGUAGACUCCAGCGUCCUGGCUAGAUCACCCAAUGCGAGAUAAUUCGAGCACGCUUCUUUCCUGUGUAAACUUCUGAGAUCAUUGCCGGUGGUAACAUCUCUGUUUUAGGAACGCAACCACUGCCCUGGCUCCGCUUG